UCUCGUCCAUGCAUCUUCUCCUUCAACCCUUCGUCCCUUUUGCUCUCUGUGCGAGAAGGACACCCUCCCGAAGUUCGUUCUCGUUGCUUGCAGGUUGAUUUCCUGAUUCACUCAAUCACAGCUGUUCUAGAUGUCUGAAAACAUGGAGCAGUUCUUGGAGCUGUCAGUGUCUCCCCUGAUUCCGUCACUUCCAGACGACGUCACCGUUGAUAUCGUGGCUCGUGUGCCUAGAAGCCACUACCCGACACUCUCCCUCGUCUCCAAGAAGUUCAGGAAACUCAUUGCCUCGCCUAAGCUCUACAAGAGGCGAUCUCAGCUAGGCAUCACCCAACACCGUGUCUACGCUCUUCUCCGCAACCGCGACACGGGUGACUGCCGUUUCUACAUCCUCCACCGGAAACUCAACUCUAGAAACCGCUUGGUCAUCGUCCCAUCGCUCCCUCCCGUGUCUUCCCGUGAAAUGCGUAGCUGUUACGGUUUGAUGCAGCAUGAACUCUAUUUAGGUCUUUCGUAUUUUCAUUUAUCCUAAAUGCCAUUUCGUGUGGUUGUAAGUUUGUUAACAUCGUUAGU